AUGGCUGCACAUAGUCGCCGUAGAGCUCAGGCGGAGGAAGCAAAGCAAGGAAACGUUCUUCGUCCGAAAUUGAUUUACAAUCUAACCCGAUUCCCAUGUCAGUUCCUGAAGCCAAGGUUGCGUCGUCUUCAAAAAAAGAAAAUCGGAGAUGCCUUGCAUGCGGGGAAGAAACCCAGAGCUUCUAAGAAUAAGGGAAUUGAAUCAAAGAAGAAGAAGAAGAAGAAGAAGAAGAAGCAGGACGCUGAUGAGAAUGUAGAAUGCGAAGACGUGAAAAGUAAGGACGAUGGCGCUAAAAAACAGCGGUUUCAUAGGAUUUGGAGCUAUGACGAUGAAGUCUCGAUCUUCAAAGGAAUGAUCGAGCAUGGUGAAAAGGAAGGGAUCGAUCCUGCUAUAGUGGAUAAGACCUCUUUCUACGAAGUGAUCAGACAUUCACUUCAGUUGGAUGCUAAUAAAAGUCAAUUUACUGACAAAAUAAAGGGGCUGAAAAAGAAGUAUUUGACAAAUCUGAAGAAAAGUUACAAUGGCAAUGAUAGAAUAUUCUCAAAAGAUCACGACCAGAAGUGUUUCAAUUUGUCGAAAAAGAUAUGGGGAACUGAAUCUAGCGCCAAGGUGUCUAGGAAAGUAGAGAAUAUUGUUGAGGUUGCUGCUGCUGCUGCUGAUGCUGCUGCUGAUGCCGAACCUUUCUGUAUAGGCUCGAGGUUGGAGAAAAAAAUUGAGGAAUAUGGGUCUCAGUUGAUUACAGGUGCCAAGAAGUUAGAAUUGGACAAUGUUUUCAGGCAGUUACAAGUGAAGGAAGCAGAUGUUUACUUGCGACACCUAAAUUAUAUGCGUGGGAAGACAGUUCUUGUGUUGGAGACAUUGAGAUCCAACAUAAACUAA